CGGGCUUGUGUAGAUCUAGACAACAAAAUACUAUUAAUAGCCUUCUAGACCCACGACUUGUUCUAACCUUAACCACCGGUGCCUUCACGUGACCCACCUCCGCGGGUCCGUGGAGAUCUCCAGGCCAGGAGACCCCCUGUGUUGUUCAAUUCACCCUCGGUUGACCAUGAUGCUCUGUGUUCAAAAUUUGAAACGUUGAGUGUCAUUGUUCUCCCAAUGAGAACCACCGACGCCGCUUGCCGAUAACCUUUCACCACUUCCGUGUAAAGGCGGAGCAAUGCCGCAGACAGCUUCGCUUUGGCCACGUUCGGGUUGACACAGCAAGCAUGAGUUAUCCAUAUCCAAAUAGCACGAACGCGGAUGCCUAUCGUCCAGGCCGUCGUGACUAUUAUGCCGACUCAUCCAAUGACCACAGCCGUCUUCGCGACACGUUGCCCCCGUGGCUACGACAAUGGGUCGCUGAAAUACAAGCUCAUUGGAUUGCGCCGAGGUUCAGCGUCACAGGGAACUCGCAGGGUAGUAAUGCGCUAAGAGCACGGGCGUGGAGGAUAUUCAGACACAUAUUCACAGUCACGAAUGCUCUGGCUGUUCUCUGGUUCUUUACGCUCUGGUGGGGCGAACGGGCGGUGUUCCAGGAUAGUUUGGAGAGGUGCGCCUGGGAGAAUUGGGAAAAAUGGCCUCGAGAUGCAACACCACAUCACGUUGCUUUUGUCGCAGACCCUCAGUUGGUCGAUCCUCAUACCUAUCCCGGUCGGCCAUGGCCCCUGUCCACAUUGACUGUGAAGUUCACCGAUCAAUAUCUUCGGCGGUCCUUUUCAUCGAUUCAGAGGAAUCUAGGCCCGGACUCGGUGUUGUUUCUCGGUGACUUGUUUGAUGGGGGAAGAGAGUGGGCGACCUCACACAGCUCCAGUCCCGAGAAGCGCUAUCAGAAAUACAAGGAUUCGUUCUGGAAGAAUGAGUAUCAUCGGUUCGUGAGGAUAUUCUCGGACCAGUGGAACGAGGGUGAUCCGCACUCAGGCAACCCCCGAGGCCGGAGGAUGAUCGCUAGUCUACCUGGGAAUCACGAUUUGGGAUUCGGCACCGGGGUUCAACUACCCGUCCGUGAUCGGUUCCAGACAUACUUUGGCCAGAGUAAUCGCGUCGAUGUUAUUGGAAACCACACUUUUGUUUCGAUUGAUACGGUAUCAUUGAGCGCCAUGGAUCAGCCUGACCCAGAGACCGGAAGCACAGGGUCUGGGGACGGACACCCGCCAAACGAGCGUAUUUGGAAAGAAGCAGAGGAUUUCCUGAAUAAUAUGAACGUUCAUCGUGGCAAGGCGGAGAUGGAAGAAUUACGCCUGAUGAAGAACCAAAGUGAAGGCCAUGUGUUUGACCACAAGGUCGUGGAUAUCUCACAGCCUACACUCCAUCAAAGACUCCAACCGGAAGUUGUGGGGUUCCCUGCCAUUCUCCUGACUCAUGUUCCCCUGUAUCGCAAACCGGCCACGCCUUGCGGGCCUCUGCGAGAACACUACCCACCAUCAGAUGGUGAACCGGAAGAAGAUGAACGGAAUGCCCUCUCAAUUGCUGCUGGAUACCAGUAUCAGAAUGUUCUCACGCAAACUAUCUCCAAGGACUUGGUCACGAAGGCGGGCCCCAAUCUUGUCCAUGUCUACUCCGGGGAUGACCACGACUACUGCGAGGUUACCCAUCGCGAAUUUAGUGGCUCUCCCAAAGAAAUCACGGUGAAAAGUCUCUCCUGGGCUAUGGGGGUCCGGCGGCCGGGCUUUCUGCUUACCAGUCUCUGGAACCCUGUUGACCCUGCCACCGGGAAGCCGACUCAUUCAAUGAGUACUGGCGCUACUUUGCAAAACCACUUAUGUCUCCUCCCCGACCAAUUAUCUAUCUUCAUCCGCUACGGCCUGCUAUUCGGCCUUACCCUUGCUGCUCUUCUCGCACGAGCCGCCAUUCUUGUGGUUUACUUCCCCGCAGUGGACUCAUCCGCACCACUUCUUCCCCUCUCUGCAUUUCGCCCUACCCUCCACGUCCACACAGCUAAGGCCCCAAGUUCUAGUACGUCUAGCUCCACAUUUUCCUCACCGGGUGGCUUGGCCAGUCGUGCCGUCAAUGCACCUCCUCGCUACCCCAAAGUGUACGAUGAUACUUACCCCGGUUCAGGUCACGAUGACGUGGACAACGCGAAGUGGAAACCUAGGGUCCCUGCUUCCCGGGGAAUCUGGGGAAUCUGGGGAGAAUUUCUAGACUCUGUCAAAUAUGUCGCUACGAUUGUCUUUGCAUGGUAUUUCUUCUUGAUCUGGCGAUGGUAAAGACCGGAGUAGAGGGGGUGGUGAACAUCGGGAGUCUAGACCUAUAUAGAGAACAUACAUCAUUUUGGUCUCAGAUUUGACAUUCUUGCAUGUCGAAUAUGGGGCAGGAUUUUGUGAUUUCCCUCCCUUUCAUGUCGCUAAAGAUAUAAACCUGGUGUCCCUCUUGUACGGUUCGCCCUAAACUGAAGAAGGUUUCCCAGAAUCAUGGUGGACAAUAUUUUUACUUUCCCUUUUUCUUUUUAACUUUUUUUUUUUUUUACCCUUUCAGUGCUUCUCCUAUGGUGGGGAGUGAGAGAGGGGAGUUCAUGUUUUACCUUUGAGGAGCAACCAUGGCUCAGCCCGAUAGUCAAUAUUAGCCAAAAAAAACUCAAACCCGAUUUUAGUUUUGUUCCUAAGCGUUGGUUCCAACUGUAUAGGGUUAAGGGCUGAUCGUCGAAACGCUGGCUCACCAUAGAAAAUGCAACUUAUACGACGAGAAGCGGGCAAAUCUCGGGGAUUCU